UCACCCCACCACCGGCGGGAUAAUGGACGGGUCCAGGAGAGGUCGGCAGGGAAGUCCGCCUGCCGGUGCUCGCGCUGUUCCUCAGUCUCCCCUUCCUGAAAGUGGUCUACCUCUAUAUGAAUGUCCAAUAUGCCAUCUUAGUUGUACCAAUUAUCCAGUUCUGCAAGAACAUGUUGAACUGCACCUGGAUGAAUGCAGCAUUUUAGAAGGAAGAAACUUGAAUGAUCUAGAAUUGGCGCAGCAUCUUCAAAAUGAAGAGGAUAGACAAAGAAGAACAGAAACUGCAAGGCAAGAAAAGGAUGAUUUCCAAAAGUUGCAGAAAAACAUUCCCAGUCUGAUGCGCCCCUGGAUUCCAUUCAGCACAAUCAGUACUAAGGCAGUAGGGAAGCUACGAUCCAAGACAUCAGCAGUACUCACCCUUAAAAGAAUAUUUUGUCCACCACAGAGACAAUAUGGCUUAGAUGGCUCUGGAGGGUACAAGCAACAGUCUCUAAAAGCCAUGACAAAAGAAGUGGAUUUCGGAAGAAUGCAACCAUCAGAAUAUCACAGGAGAAAAGCUGAUAUGUUGGAAUCUCUGGCUUUAGGCGUUGAUGAUGGAAAGACAAAGACUUCAGGAAUUACUGAAGCAUUGUGCCAGUACUAUCAGAAUGAAUGCAAAGAUAUAAAGCACGUGUGGCUUUCUACAGGAGUGGAUCACUUUCACUGUUCUCUUGGAGACAAAGGCUGGGGUUGUGGUUAUCGGAAUUUUCAAAUUCUGUUUUCUUCUCUUUUGAGAAAUAACUCCUAUAAAGAAUGUUUGAAAGAUAUUUCAUCAGUUCCUUGUAUUCCAAAAAUACAAACACAAAUUGAAGAUGCUUGGAAAGAAGGUUUUGAUCCCCAAGGAGCUUCUCAUUUCAACAGCAGAUUACAAGGAACUAAAGCAUGGAUAGGAGCAUGUGAAAUUUAUUCACUCUUAACUUUUCUAAGGCUAAAGUGUCAAAUUAUUGACUUUCAUCAGCCUACUGGCUCUUCUGGUACACACCCUCGUUUGUUUGAAUGGGUGUUAAACUAUUAUUCUUCAGGUAAAGAUAACAAUGGAAAGGUUAUGAGUACUUCCAAGCCACCAAUUUAUCUGCAGCACCAAGGUCAUAGUCGUACUGUUGUUGGAAUUGAGGAAAGAAAAAACAAAAGUUUAUGUCUACUAAUAUUUGAUCCUGGCUGCCCUUCAGAAGAAAUGCAAAAACUCUUAAAAGGCAUUGAUGGGAACAAUCUAAAAUUAUUUCGAAGACUUCCAGGAGGCUUAAAACAUAAGCAAUAUCAAAUAGUGUCUGUGGAUGGUAUGCUGACAGAAGAGGAAAAAGUUGCUCGUAGACAGGCUUCUCAAUUCUUCACAGCACAGAAAAUUCCUUGAAAUAAUAUCUGAAAAAUGAAGGAAAUUGAAGGCUGCAGAGGAGAUCUGUUUAUGCAGAUCUGUUUAUGUUGAGUGAUGUACAUAGCAGUUUUAAAACAUUUUAUAAUAAAUAUUGAAAUACUUAAUUAUUAUGUAUGGUUCUUGAUUUUUUAAAAAUUUACUUGGACUGAACAUGGGUUUUCAGUUGAUAUGAAUAUUAAACUGGUCUCUAUUCUCAGUAAUCUAGGGGGAUGCAAAUCUUUUUCUGUAACACUACUAUGAGCCCAAAUCAAGACUAUUCAUAGCUCUCAGUAUCACAUCUUAAUUUUUAAUAGAAGCAGAAACAAAAUUCCUUUAAACUAUUAUUGCUAACAGGAAGAUGUGUUUGAAAAUUAA